CACAGCUCAGCAGCACGAAGGAUGAGGCACAGUUACAACAGCAGUUAUGAGGCUGCCAGUGCCAAACACCUGACAGCAGCAUUGCUGGAAGGUUACAAGGCGGAAGGCCCCGGAGAUGCAGAUGACAAAUGGCGAGGAGGCUGUUAUGCAAUCUCUCUCCGCCUCCUCCCGUCCUGUGCACUGUGCAGCCCUGGCCGGGAUCACAUCUCACUCCCCAGCAGUCUCCAGGAAGCAGCACACAGUGACAGCCGGCCGCGUCUAUGUCUGAGCGUCUCCCGUGCCCCCGCUGCACACACCGCCCGCCUGAUGCCGCCCUGUGGUGCCCAGAGAGCGCGGCUGCUGUGACUGAGAGGAGGAGGCGACACCUGGCCGGUGCAGGCGAGGAGGAGACAGCCGGGGAAGGCUCAGCUCAGUUAUGUUCAGGCUCUUUGGACACGGUAUUCUAGACUCACCUGAUGGGAGGGGGCAUAGAGGGGAGAAGCCAGCACACACACAUUACGGAAUUUAAAGUGCACCGGCUCCCAGGACCCCAUCUAUACCCCACAGUAAUCAGCCUGCCAGUAUCUGAGAAAAGAAUUUAUCGGAAUGUUCACCCUUUCAGAAGUUGCGUCACUUAAUGAUAUACAGCCAACGUAUCGGAUUUUGAAGCCAUGGUGGGAUGUUUUCAUGGACUACUUGGCGGCAGUUAUGCUGAUGGUAGCCAUCUUUGCUGGCACUAUGCAACUGACCAAAGAUCAAGUUGUUUGCUUACCAAAGUUAGAAUCCGCUGUAUGUUCACCAACUCCAGCUAGCAGAGCAGGAACGAACAAUCCACAAGUUACUUCCAAGUAUGAAGAGGCUACUACUACUACUACAGAGGAGAAUAAAAAAUGGCACAGUACUGUGCCUGUUGUUGAAGAGGAGACACCUUUUGUCGCCCGAGCAGAAUAUUUGGCGAUUUCAACUCCUCCUUCUAUUCAAAAUCUCAACAAAGAAGCUAAAGACCCUGGAGGGAGACGAACAAAUCUGGAUUACCAACAGUAUAUUUUCAUCAACCAAAUGUGCUAUCAUGUGGCACUCCCAUGGUACUCAAAAUAUUUUCCCUACCUUGCUCUCAUACACACAAUUAUUUUGAUGGUCAGUAGCAACUUCUGGUUUAAAUAUCCAAAGACUUGUUCCAAAAUUGAGCAUUUUGUGUCCAUACUUGGCAAAUGCUUUGAGUCUCCAUGGACAACAAAAGCUCUAUCUGAAACUGCAUGUGAGGACUCUGAGGAAAAUAAACAGAGGUUAACGGGUGCUCAAUCCCUCCGCAAGCACCUCUCAAACAGCAGUGAGGAGGGAAGUCCAAGUCCCAGUACUCCAAUGAUCAGCAAAUCUGGGCUCAAAUUUUCAGCAGACAAGCCAGUAGUUGAGGUGCCUGGAAUGACCAUUUUGGACAAAAAGGAUGGGGAACAAGCUAAAGCGCUUUUCGAGAAAGUCCGUAAAUUUCGCACUCACGUUGAGGACAGUGAUCUAAUUUAUAAACUCUAUGUUGUUCAAACAGUUGUCAAGACGGUAAAGUUCAUUUUCAUUCUUUGUUACACCCUGACAUUCGUAACUGCAAUAAGUUUCAAACAUAACUGCACCCCCAAUGUGGAGCACCUUACGGGAUAUAAGGAGUUUGAAUGCACACAUAACAUGGCAUUUAUGUUGAAGAAGCUUCUCAUCAGCUAUAUUGCUCUUAUUUGUGUAUAUGGUCUUGUCUGUAUAUACACUUUAUUUUGGCUCUUUAGAAGACCUCUGAAGGAAUAUUCAUUUGAAAAGGUGAGAGAGGAAAGCAGCUUCAGUGACAUCCCUGAUGUCAAAAAUGAUUUUGCAUUUCUUCUACACAUGGUAGACCAGUAUGACCAGUUAUACUCCAAGCGUUUUGGAGUCUUCUUGUCAGAGGUUAGUGAAAACAAAUUACGUGAGAUCAGUUUGAAUCAUGAGUGGACCUUUGAAAAACUCCGGCAGCACCUUUCUCGAAAUGUGCAAGAUAAACAGGAGUUGCAUCUCUUCAUGCUAUCUGGAGUUCCAGAUGCAGUGUUUGAAAUCACAGAUCUGGAAGUUCUAAGACUUGAACUUAUUCCAGAAGCUAAAAUUCCUGCUAAAAUUUCUCAAAUGACUGCUCUUCAAGAGCUGCACCUCUACCACUGCCCAGCUAAGGUCGAACAAACUGCAUUUAGCUUUCUAAGGGACAACUUGAAGUGCCUUCAUGUGAAAUUUACUGAUGUUGCAGAAAUUCCAGCCUGGGUCUAUUUGCUGAAAAAUCUCCGUGAGCUGUACUUAAUGGGUAAUCUAAACUCUGAGAACAAUAAGAUGAUCGGACUUGAGUCUUUGAGAGAAUUGCGACAUCUAAAGAUUCUCUAUGUUAAGAGCAAUUUGACCAAAAUACCAUCUAAUAUCACAGAUGUGGCUCCACAUCUAACAAAACUAGUUAUUCACAAUGAUGGCACAAAGCUUGUUGUGCUAAACAGCCUUAAAAAGAUGAUGAAUGUUGCGGAGUUGGAACUACACAAUUGUGAACUAGAGCGAAUUCCACAUGCUAUAUUCAGUCUUGGCAACUUACAAGAGCUGGAUCUUAAAUUGAACAGCAUUCGUACUAUAGAAGAAGUGAUCAGUUUCCAGCACUUAAAAAGACUAACUUGUUUAAAAUUAUGGCACAAUAAAAUAGUGAGUAUUCCUCAAUCCAUUUCACAAGUGAAAAACUUGGAAUCUGUUUAUUUAUCAAACAACAAACUGGAGUCGCUCCCUGCAGCGCUUUUCCACUUGCAGAAACUCCGUCACCUGGAUGUUGGCUAUAAUUGUAUUUCAGUGAUUCCUCCUGAAAUUGGGAUGCUUCAAAAUCUUCAGCAUUUGUACGUUACAGGGAAUAAAGUGGACAUCUUGCCAAAGACUCUGUUUAAAUGCAUCAAAUUAAGAACUUUAUGCUUGGGUCAAAACUGUAUAGCUUCGAUACCAGAAAAAAUAGGACAUCUAGUACAGCUCACACAUCUAGAACUGAAGGGAAACUGUUUAGAUCGCUUGCCUUCUCAAAUUAUACAGUGUCGCCUUCUCAAGAAAAAUGGACUGGUUAUUGAAGACCACUUAUUUGAUGCUUUACCAUCAGAAGUGAAGGAAGCAUUAAACCAAGAUACAAACAUCCCCUUUGCUAAUGGAAUAUAAACAAAUAUGUGCUAUUUACAGAACAAAGAUUUGUACUGUUGGCUAUUUCUUGUAGUGCCCAAGUCUUGUGCAUUUCUUUUUUUUAAUUCUUUUUGUUAAAGUAGACCAAAAAUCUUUGAAGAAAAGCCUGUUUACUUACAGUUUUCAUUGUUUAGUAAGCAAGCUAGCGUCUUAAUUUCAGCAGGUAUAUUCCCAUAUUUCAUUGAAUUUAUACAGUCUGCAGGUAUUGGGGGAAAUGCUGCAAUCCAAUUGUUUAUUUCCUUUGUGAUUUGAAGGACUUUUCUAGAGGUUUACAAAUUUACUAUUCUGCUCAUAUGUUUGUAGAUCACAGCAUAUAUGUAACGUUUUUAGUACUAUUAGUUUUGACUUCUUAAGACAUAGCAGAACAUUCUUGACUUCAAUUAAUUUCGCCCCCUGAUACAAUGUUUCUGACUACAGUGAAUGGUUUAAUUGGAAGAAAACUACAACUAAAUUGCAAAAUUAGUAUAAAAGAGAUGAUUUAAAUGUGCGCUAAUUUGGCUCAUACAGGAGUCCUCCAAUUCAUCGAUGCUGAUCCGAUCUGCCGACAGUCGUCGUUCAGUGAUCCAUCUGGGACUAUUGAAAAUUCAGCAUGUUAAAAAUCCCUGACUUGCCGUCCCGAUCAUUUUUUGAUCUGAAUCAUGGAUUUUCAACAUGUUUGAUUUCACCAAUUCCCUGACCCUCAUGGAUGGCAGAACAGGGAAUUGUGGCAAUACAAUGCUCCCUAUUAUUUUUACUGCAUACCUGCCUACGCUACUGGAAUGUGGGAGACUCACAAUUUUUCUGGUAGUCCCUCGCAACCCCUCAAUUGCAGGCGGAUCUCCCGCAUCUCAUUUGCUUCCUAGUAAAGAGGACAGGAUGGGUAGAAAAACACUGGAAUCUCGGCGCCAUAUUAAGAAGGCAUGAGCUAAACAAUGCAAAUUGCUCCAUUUAACCCUGUCCCUUUCUGCAAACCUGCAUAUUGCGGCAUUUUCCUUGUGGUGGGGGCGGGGCCUAGUGACAUGACUGCCUUCUCCCAGAGAGGAGACCGAAAAAGGUACGAUUUACUGUAAUAGUUGUGAUUUUCACAUGAGCAACUUCUAUGUCCUUGCUCAGGAAACCUGCAUAAUAUUAUUUUUUUUUGUGUAUGAGAAAGGAAAGAAUUAUUUAGUUUUUAUGGUCCGCAUUAUCUAAAUUGUGUUAACAUGUAAAAACUUUUAGAGAUUAAAUUACUGCUAAGUUAUUUGAGAAGCUUUUUAUGUAACCUUAAUUUUAUUUUACAUUUACAGAGAAUCUGUAUUGAAGGAAAGCUGAAAUUAUAUAAAGAAUAGAUUUUACUUUAUGCAUUUUCCUAAAUAAACAAUUAGUUUUACUGUCAAGUAAAGCUGGCCAUAGACUGCGCUAUAGUCAGAGAACACAAGCUACGGGAAUAUAAUUGGAGUGCCCGAAAUACUGCACAAUGCAUGGAGGGGAUCUCCAUUCACUGCCUGGAGUUGGCUGAUUGACCACUGGAUGGAAAGGACAGGGUUGCUAAGUUUUUCAGCUGUUUUCAGUCUGUGAACGAUUAUUGUUCCUGGCCAUACACUGAAAGAUCUUUUUAACGAAUAUUGGGGCAAAUUCAGUAUGAAUCGCAAGUAGCGAUUCGUACGGAAUUUUUGCUGAGGGGCCACAGGCACAUGCUCAGCAGGCCCUACUGCGCAUGCAAUUUCUGCGGGGGGCCACAGAAAUGACGAUCGCUUCUGCUUGUCAAUCAGGCAGAGGCAGUCGUGGGGCGGCAGGGGGUGGCAACGCUCUGUUUUCUGGGUGGAAACUGAGCGCGGGGCGUGCCAGCCCAAACGGUGGGCUGGUACGCGCGAACGGGGGCGUGUUGGGGGUGCGACCGCAGCGGCUGCGUGAAGUCACAUGUAGCCGCUGCGACAAAAAUGGCGCCGGGACUCUUGAGGCUGCAGCUAAGCUGCGCCGGCAGGAGUCAUCCUUAAUUUCUGCUAACGAGCAGAAAUUGCGUGCUGUUUCCAAUUUCUGAUUGAAGCAGGGGGGGGGGGGCACCGGUCAGCAUGCGUGCUAAUGGUUAGCAAAUUCUGCUGAUUAACAGAAUCUGCUAACCUUACUGAAUUGGCCCCUUUGCGCGGUGUACGGCCAGGUUUAGUGUAAACAGUGACUUUACCAUGAAGCUUCUAUUUGAUUUCACUCUCAUAUAAAAAUAACACUUGCUAUCUUUUGCAAUAAUGCUGAACACAUCUUGUAAAGUUUGGCUCGAGAUACAAAGUUCUUUGAUUCAAAUUUUUUUUUUCCUCAUUAGAAAAUAUGCAGACUCGGGCCAUUUACUUUAGCUGGGAGUUUGGGUGAACUGCAAUAACAAUCUGUCUGCAUGUAAAAUAUGCUAAUUUCCUGUAGUGUUGCAGCAAAUUAUGGGUCAAACGGCGCAAUUUUCUCAUUUGUGAAGCCUUAUAAAGAGGAUAUUUCCAUCACUAAAUGUUUUCAGUUUUGAAAGAAAAUAAAAAAACGCCCUUAUGCACUAUACUGGCCAGUGGUUUCAGAAUCAUUCCACUCUUUAGUUAUAUUUCAAGUCAAGUUCUAACACCACAUCCAUAAGUCAAGUUCUAACACCACAUCCCUUGUGCCUGUGGCGUUCAGAUGCUGCAGUAGUUUCAAGAGAAGGAGAAUUUAAGAAAAACUUUAACCUAUAAAAUUAUGUUUUUGGUUUUACAUGCAUAACAUGUUGUAUACUGUAUGUGCUUCAAGGAUAUUAGUAGAUUUUGACUUUCAAAUUAGAAAGAUCUUGCAGGUUAGUGGAACAACUCUGAGCUACUAGUUAGAUAAUUCUACCUUUUUAAGUUUUAUUUUAUUUAUUUUUAAACAAUUGAAACUACUUUUUUUCAGGCUUGAAAAAUCAAUGUAGCAACCACAACAAAGAUGACCUGGAAUUUUGUACAUUUCAUUGUGUAAGUCAAUGCUAGCUGUUGGUAAACAUUUGCCUGUAUUAUGUUCCUUGCAUUUCAAAUGAGUGGCGCUCCAAGCUGCUUAGAACAGAGCCUCCCUUGCAGUAUACUGCAUAAUGCUGCUUUGCAGUGGCUGUGUCUCACACCUAUCACUGGAGAUAAAUCAUAUAGCACUCGGCUUUGUGCAGUGUUAAUGCAGCUCAGGCUCUAGAAUAAGUUCUAAUCCUGCUUUCCAACUUUCACAUAUUUGUAAAUGGCAUUGAUGAGCACCGCAUCUUACAAAAUGAAAAGUAUACACUUUUUUUCAGUGAAAACUUAAUAUUUAGAGAAUGCAUUAUCCAUAAACUAAAAUCGGAUUUCUAACAGUAUUCAUAGUGAGCCGUUCACUAAUAAAAAAUGCAAUAUACUUGUUGA